AUGUAUGGAUCUUAUCCUGGAUAUUUUGACAUAGUGGUCAAUCAAUUUGACAAUAUUGGUAAAGCUGAUUGGAUUCUUGCAAACUCAAUCUAUGAACUUGGAAAAGAGGUGGUGGAUUGGUUAGUGGCGAUAUGGCCAUUAAAUACAAUAGGAGCAUCAAUACCAUAUAUGUUAGACAAAAGACUCAAAGAAGACAAAGAAUAUGGUAUUAACCUCUCAGAUCCAAACACAAAAUUUUGCUUCAAAUGGCUUAAUGACAAACCAAAAGGAUCAGUUGUCUAUGUCUUAUUUGGAAGCAUUGUUGGUCUAAGUGAAGACCAAACACAUGAAUUUUUUGGAUGUUUCGUGACACAUUGCAGUUAG